UAAAAACACAACCAAAGCAGAUGAAGAGCCAUGGCUUUCUGAAAUGGGGUUUCCUCCCCCUCAUCAUCUUCACCAUUCUUAGCCGCUCCAGAGCAUUACAACCACAACCCAUCUCGAAUCCAUUGAAAAUAGACCAGUUCAUCAACCAAAUCUCCAAAUGGAGAAAAAUCCAGAUGAGUUCAACAAUCCGUACCACUUUAGCAGGGUUUCUCUGCUUCGUGGCUGCUACGAUAUCCAGCGCAGGAGGGAUUGGAGGCGGUGGGAUUUUCUUGCCCAUUCUAAACAUAGUUGUUGGUCUAGACCUGAAAACUGCUUCAAGCUUCUCUGCUUUCAUGGUCACUGGAGGGUCGGUUGCCAAUGUUAUCUAUAACUUGUUUGGUAGAAAGACUCUGAUAGAUUAUGACAUAGCACUCCUGUCUGAGCCCUCCAUGUUGUUGGGGGUGAGCGUUGGAGUGAUCUGCCACACAGUCUUCCCUGAGUGGUUGAUUACUGUACUAUUUGCAACCUUUCUUGCUUGGUCUACCUUCAAGACCUGCAAAGCUGGGGUUUUUUAUUGGAAAGUAGAGUCAGAGGAGGCCAGCAAAAGAGGGAUUUUAGAGUCAGGAAAUGGGUUGAUUGGUGAUGAGAUAUGUUACGAGAAGCAAGAUGAGAACAAGGAAAGCAUGAAAGAGCCUCUUUGGGGUAGGGAUAGAUGUGGGAAGAGAGAAACUAGUGUGGAAACUCCAUGGAAGAAAUUGGGGUUUCUGUUGAUAAUAUGGUUGGCUUUCUUUGCUCUGCAUGUUCUUCGUGGAGAAGGAAAUGGAGAUGGAAACCAUCGCCAGAGCAUAACAGGAUUAAAGCCGUGUGGAAUUGGAUACUGGAUCUUAUCAGCGAUCCAAAUUCCAGUUGCGAUGGUCUUUACAGGUUGGAUUCUGUACCGGAAGAGAAGCAGAGUUGCAGGAGAUCGGUUCUUCAAACAACAGGAGGAGAAAGGAGAAGGGCAAUUGGAUGGGAGCAGAAGCUGGUCCAGCCUUAGUUUCCCAACGAUGGCACUCCUUGCUGGGGUUUUGGGUGGUGGUUUUGGCAUUGGAGGUGGAAUGCUUAUCAGUCCUCUUCUUCUUCAGAUGGGAAUACCUCCAGAGAUAACAGCCGCGACUUGUUCAUUCAUGGUUCUCUUCUCAUCAUCAAUGUCUGCAGCUCAAUACUUACUGAUGGGGAUAAAACAUAUAGAUGCUGUUCUCAUCUUCACUCUUGUCUGUUUUGUGGCUUCAAUUGUUGGAUUAGUGGUAGUACAGUCAGCCAUUGUGAGAUAUGGGAGGACUUCCCUCAUUGUAUUCUCAGUUGCCAUUGUUAUGGCUGUGAGCACUAUCUUGAUUACCAGCUUUGGUGCUGUUGAUGUAUGGCAAUCCUACAUGACUGGAAAAUACAUGGGAUUCAAGCUCCCAUGUUAAUGGAAGAACUGAUACCAAUUGUGUAAGAGAAGUU